GUUGCCAUAGAGCUACCGCCGCUAAAAAUAUGCUAGAUCUCACCCUUUAAUUUUUUUUCACGGAUCGAACACAAUUUUGUAGAAGUUAAGAAUAAGGUCUUGCAGGAAAAAGUAAAAAUGGCUACUGUUGUCCAGUCAGCAGAUGGACCGACCGAAGUGAUCAAUGCUAGACGAACAGAAUCACUUGAUGCUCCAAAUAUCCUGAAGCUGGUUACCAAAUCAACUCAGCCACAGUUCGGAUUGGUGGAUGUUGUGAAUAUCAUUGAAAAAGCAGUCCUGGCAGUGACCCUCAACAAUGAAAGAGAAGACAUCCUUGCCCAUGCUGCGUUCUUUGACUAUCCUAACGUGGAUUCUGUAGAUCACGGGGAAUGGCAACAAUGGCUCAAUACAUACUAUGAUACAGAAGCAUGCACACCCUUGAACACACUGUUUCUACAUUACUUUGUGGCCAAACCUGCAUUUGCCCAUGGGAGUGCUAAAGAGAUCAUUAGGACUGUAUUCAAUGCCGUGCCAGACAUCCACUUCCUGUAUGUAGUGUUACCUACUGGUGUAGCUCCGGAGUCUGCUUUAGGAGAUAACUUCAGUCCUAUGGUCCUCAAGGAUGAGAACAAACCCCUCGAGGGAUACACUGUCUAUGUUUGCCAUCGACAUGAUCACUGUCCGGAGCUCUUUGUGAGAAAAGCAAGAGUUGAAGACCAUGAUGACUUGACGCCAAUCUUCAACCGUCAGAGUGAUAUGCUGAAUACAACCUAUGGAAGCUACUUCUUGGCUGAAUUAAUAGAAUCUCAAGAUGAGAAUAACCAAGCAAUAAUUGUAGAGAAUGAAGGAACUGCUGUUGGAUUCAUGAGUCUGUCAACGGAUGUUGAUGUUGAUCUCCUAAAUACAUGUUUUGAGUUGGGUCCAUUCCAUGGUCUGAAGAAACCACAUCCAGACGAUAUCCUCAAGGCCCCAACACCUCCCCCACCAGAAGAGACAGCUGUUGACGAUGAGAUGGUUUCUGGCAGCCAAGCAGGGAGUGAAAAACCUCUUUCGAGAACAAGCUCAGUUUCGUCAAUCAAAAAAGGAGAUACUGGAACAGCAGAUAGACCUUCUAGUGGUUCCAAGCCCACUCCCUCAACCCAACCCCCUACUCAGACCCCCCAGCAGGCAAAAGCUACUCCCGUACCAGCUAAGACAGCCACACCCGUGACAGCCAAGAGCACCCCUCUACCAGCGAAGGGUACCCCUAAGCCAGCUGCCACGCCCCUCAACAAACCCCCAACAGCUACUGGGAGUAUCACAGAAUCAGAGCUACAUAUUGAGAGGAAACUGAGUGAUUCCCAUAUGAAAAGUUCUGCAUCAGUGAUGAGUGACAGAGAUGAAAGGGAAUCUGUCAAAUCAGGAGUGUCAAAGAGGUCAGGAUCCAUAGUAUCUAAUCAUGACAUCGCUGAAGAAGCAUUUCCGUCUGAGCUGAGCGUGACCCCUGAACCCUCGCUUCCUGAGCCUCGCUUUGAGCCGACCUACUGUGGACCAGCGAAUGCUUUCUCGAUUCAGCUCUUUUGCGUUGAUGAACGAUAUGAAAUGAGGUCUCAAGACUUCCUUCCCAUGGCAUUCUCCCUGUUUCCUGAUAAAGACUUCUGUGUUCUCACCGUGCCUCACCUGGUCCCAGAAUUCCCUCUACUUCAAAACUUUGUGCGUGUAACCCCCAAAUGCCCCAGUGUUCUAUCCCAGGAGCUGUACCUCUUCCAUCGGGCGGGGCUGCUCCAGUCCUUUGCGGUGCGCCCUGCUUGUACCUCUGACGUACCGGCCGUCACCACCCUGGUGGAUGGAAUCUUCAAUCAGGAGAUCCUGCUCUCUGAUCUUGAUCGCUUUAACAAAGCCAGGAGGGAUGAAGAUGGCACCCCAAUCAAGGCCUUCGUGGCCACCUGUCACAACCAGGUGGUGGGGGUGGCCUUGACGCGAGCGGAGGAAGACAUCGAGUUCAUCCGCUCCCAUUACAACAUAGAGGACUUCAUCUACUUCAACCACCAUCGACGAGAUGAGCACGGUCACCUCCAUCACUUCGCCAUGAACCCCAUCUUUCAGCAUCGCUCCAAGCAUUUCAUGAAAGAGAUCCUACGACAGAGUCACCAUACGUGUCUCUACUAUCCCGUCUUUCCUGCCUAUUCAGAUGACAUGAAGCACUCUCUGGUCACAUGUCUCAACUUCAUGGUACCAGUCCGAGCUAGAAGACAGAUCAUGUACCCACUUAAGGAGCUAGGUCAGAACGCUCCUUCAAAACGAGUUAUCAAAGAACAGGAGAUGUAUGCGUUGAGUCACAUCAACAGGAAGUUGACCUUAGAACCAAAGGUCACGAUCAAUGCCCGCAUCGUUGUGGUUGGAGCAUCGGAUACAGGCAUCGCUUUCCUUGAAACACUCGCAUUCUGCCCCCACUUGAGGUUCAACAAUCUGUGUCUCGUCUCCCCCAACGGUCUGCCGGGUCACAUGUCAUACGAUGAGAACAGAUCUCGGUUCCUUUCUACCAGUCACUGCUACACGCAUGAUGAGCUCUCUCAGAUCUCUCUCAGGUCAUGGGUCAAUGUGGUCUCGUCCAAGAUGACCGGCAUCAAUAGGUUGGUAUUUCUCACUAAUGCCCCCCUUUCUCAACACCAAUGAAUUAAAGAAAAAAAAAAACAUGGGCCCAUAUUCUGAAUUCUGGUUUAACUUAGACCAUGGUCCAACUCUGUGCUAAAAUUAAGGGAGGCUAAAAAUGUCACAAUUUUAUUGACAUGGUAUACUUCUUAUGUUUAGUGUGACCUUUCCAAACCUUUGAUGAUGAAGACAUCUAUCUAAGAAUGACUUGAGAGUCAAAUGAGCUGAUACAUUGAACCUCUACUGUUAAAGAUUUAUGUCACCAUUGGCUAACCAUAGUUAAACCACAACUUUAAACCAGAUUUUGAAUUAAACCCUAGUGUUGUGUUGGGAUCGGAUCUGUGAUUAUUGAAGGGAAGCGUAAUAAGGAAACUUUGGAGAAAGUUAUACGUUCAAAAUCACAUGAGUAUUUAAUCAUCAAUAUUCAGCUACAGUUCAAAGUACAUGAAGAUUCAGAGUAUAUCAGGAGACGAUGAAUAUAAAAUAAUUUAGAAGUAUCAGGUUGAGAUUCAAAGUGAACUUAAAUUAAUACUGGAUGGACAUCUAAGUCUUGAAGUCAGUCAGUCUAUCUGGAUGAGUGUUCGUCUAGUAUUCUACAGUAUAUUCUCUCUUGUAUAUAUCAUUAGUUUUGGGGGUGUAACAAUUUAAGGUGGGAGUGAUCUCUAAACUCGAUCUGAUUGGUCUACAGGUAACUGUCUAUCAAACUUUCUCUGGUAUAAGGGGUGUGGUGAUGCUCUGUGCAAGUGACUAGGGCUGGAAGAGUGAGUCAUACUUCUUCCUUGAAGUUAGCUGACGUCACUGAGGGUUGGUCCUAUAAUGGUCAAGGUUUAGGAGUUAAAUGGUAUUGGGGGUUUGGGAAUUCUUAGAUGACAUUGGGGGAGUUUGUAAACAAGUGAGGGUGAAUGACUGAAAGGAUAAACAGGAAGUUAAAUACAUACUACAUAACAUCCCCUUUCUUUGAAAAAUGAGGCUCCUCUCCUCAUUAGGGAAAAAAUGUAUACAAUUAGAUUACAAAAGUUAUUUUGAAAAGUGAGUGAAACCAGAAUAGUGUAUCUCAAUUGUCCACUGUACUUUCACUCUCGCUCUCAUACUCAUUAUUUACCUUAAAAGGAUUAAAGUUAUUCUACAUCUUAACUAAUUUCAACUAAAAGAUAUAACUAACACAUCGAACACAUUCACUUAAUAUAUUGAAAUAAAGUAACACACAAGCAAAUUAAUCAACUAAUCAACCAAUAAUGAUACUACAGUAUAUACAUUAACUCGUGCAGACUCAUGCACUUUGAAAUCACUGAAAAGCUAAACUAGUUUAAUUAAUAACAGUAAUAACAAGAAAAUUAUGUAUGCUAUAUAAAUCUUAGCAUCUGAUCAACAUGAUAAUUAGCGGAAAGUUAAACAGGUGCGCUCUAGAAAUGACAGUUUCUCUAUGUUAGGAAGGCCUAAUAUGUACUUCAAAUGAAGCAAUCAACAUAGAACUCAAUUAUUACUAUCACUCCUAUCCUGUUGCAUACCUGCCAACCAUUCCGAUUUUGGCGGAAUUAUACCGAUUUUUUAGCCUCCAUUCCGAAUUCCGAAUUUUUAAACCGAAAUUCUGAUUUUUGGGUCAAUCAAUAUAGUGUUGAAAUUAUUGAAACGGCUGUAUGAUGCGACUAACGCAUAAGCGGCUGUAACAUACGACUAACGCAUAAACAACUGGAGCGCACGGCUAAGUGCUAAGUGCACAGUUCCAUUGCAAUUGCAUGUGAAAAUUACGAGCAGCGCGCGGCCGAUAUUAGCGUUGACUUCCGGAACAAAAUGGCGGCUGACAUCGGCUCGCGAAAGUGCCAGUUUUCAGUGAGGACACGUUUUCAAAAUCCACGAACAUCGGAAAAACCGUGAAAAAUUCACUUUUUUAGACCCCUUGUUUCCUAACUACGAUGUAUAGAAUUAACGAUGGUGAUAUUUUUGACGCGAAAUAUGGUGAUUUAGUAAGAAAAUUUCACUUUUUAUUCGAGGUUUUGCCCUUUUCGCCGGAUGAUUUUGUAUUGUGGAAUGAGUUAGUGAAUGAGUCGUGUUUUGGUGUCUAGAGUGUGUUGGUAAUAUCAUUGAUGAGUCUGCUGACCGGCUGCUUAAAUUACCCGGCCGCUCGGCCGGCCGCACCGUGCACAUGGGGAGGCUCUGCUGCAGUUACUCAAGUUAGAUCUAUCCCUACGCAAUGUUGAAAUUGAUCUGUACUUUAUUUUUUCGAAUAAUUGUCAAAUUUGUGAGAAAGAAAGGAAAUUAUCAACUUUCGAGUCAAGUUGAGCCAUCGGAGCUGAACGCCAAAUCUACUUGCUUCGCUUGCCUAAACUCCCGGCGCCCGAGUUGCUGCGCCUCAGCCUCCCAGUCUCACCGGCGCACCGCAAGUGCAGUGGUGGUUGCGGGUCGGGCGUAUGCCGCCGUAAGCUUCGGCUCCGUUUUUGUCAUGGCUGAAAAUCUGCUUUCUUAUGCCAACAAGCACUUAUCUAAUAAAAUUUAUGAUAUAACCUUGUCCUCAGUCACUACUCCUGUGUGGUGAAAUAUAAACAUGAAUAAGAUGACAAUGUUUGGCUUAUUUUGAUGCAUAUGAUAGACUUGAUAUAAAUGAUAAAUAAAUGUUAGAUUUUUUUGCACUCAGUUUUUAAUACAGUAGGCCAACUUGAAUCUGAAUUAAUGAUACAAAAUAUCCCUUGGCCCAAAACUCAAUUGUAUUCUUGAAAUUAUUUUUUUUCUGAUUAAAAAGAGAAUCUUUCCAGAAACUUUCCAACAA